UUAAUUCAAGUCGUUUUUUCGUGGAACCGUUUGGAUCUGUUUGCCAUUCUUCAUUUCUCACCCUUUCUGAAAACCCGCCUCUUCCCAUUCGAUUCACUGUGUUCUUCUUUUCCCCUUCCUUUCGAUUCUCCGUUUAUUCAUCGCUACUGAUUCUCCGAUCGCUUCCAUUCUCUUUUCCUUUCUGAAAUUUCUUCAUCGGCGAUCUGUUUUCCUAAGCAGAUCUCACGAAUUGUUGUUUCUGCUGUUUGGAUUUCCGAUAAUCACAUCGCUCCUUAUUUUCUUCAACUGCCAGUUCCUCCUCGUUGACUUUGAAUACGGAUUCUUACUGCAACUUCCAGAGGUUAGUGGUGUUCUUCGUCACUUCUUGUUGGUAGGCUGUCGAAAUGUUAGGAGCAGGUGUACGGUUUGGUCGCGGCAAAGGGGAGGACCGAUUUUACGAUUCAUCCAGAGCGAGGAAGGGCCUUCUCAGUCGUCAAAAUGAUAGGCUAUGUACACCUCAACAAGACGCUUCUGCUACUACUCCAUCCUAUGCGGAUAAGGAUGUUUCGACACGCCCUGGGGAUCGUUUAGUCUCUGAUGAAGCUACUAAACCAGUUCCUUUUUCUAAUCUACAGCCUGUUGUUUCACCAUUAAGUAAUCUCGAGCGGUUCUUGCAGUCGGUUACUCCUUCUUUGUCUGCUCAGUUUCUCUCGAAGAGUGCGUUGAGAGGUUGGAGGACGUGCGAUUUGGAGACGCAGCCUUACUUUGUGCUUGGGGAUUUGUGGGAAGCUUUCAAAGAGUGGAGUGCUUAUGGGGCAGGAGUGCCUCUUUUAUUGAAUAACACUGAUGGUGUGGUUCAGUAUUAUGUUCCUUACUUGUCUGGCAUACAAUUGUACGCCAUGGAAUCGUCUACAAUGCCAAGGCGAUGGGGUGAGGAAAGUGACAGCGACUACAGAGAUUCAAGUAGUGAUGGUAGUAGUGAUUCUGAAACAAAGAGAAGAAUAAAACACAGUAGAGAACCACCCCACCAUAAUGAUCCGACGAUCACAGAUCCUCUUAGAAUGGAUAGAUUGUCUUUGAGGGACCAGCAGUUGGGACUUCAUGAGGACUGCUCCAGUGAUGAGGCUGAAUCUUGCAAUUCUCAAGGUUGCCUUGUAUUUGAGUAUCUUGAAAGAGACCUACCAUAUUCACGUGAACCUUUGGCUGACAAGAUAUCGGACCUUGCUUCUUGCUUCCCACAGUUGAAAACAAUGAGAAGCUGUGACCUCCUACCGUAUAGUUGGAUAUCUGUGGCAUGGUACCCAAUUUACAGGAUACCAACUGGGCAAACAUUGAAGGAUCUUGAUGCUUGCUUUCUCACAUACCAUUCUCUACACACACCAAUCAGAGAUUCUCAAAGCCCACCAAUACCUUUUGUAGCAUAUCGCUGUAAGACAGAUGGUGCCGAAAAGGUUUCUUUAAGAAUUUUUGGACUUGCUUCAUACAAGUUUAACGGGUCGUCAUUGUGGGUGCGAAAUGGUGGAGUUGAGCAUCAAUUGGCAAAUGACCUCUCACGAGCAGCUGAUAAGUGGUUAAGAGAUCUCCAUGUCAAUCACCCAGAUUUCCUGUUCUUCAGCCGCCGAGAUGCAACACCUUACUGAUACAAUACUCUUACCUACUAGAAAACUAAAGUUCGCAUGUUGUGGCCCUGCAAAAGAAUCCCGAAAUUUGGUGGAUUUGCUGUAUGCUUGGUGAAGGUGGGGUGGUUCACUCAUUUGCUUUCGCUAAGGUGGAAGACUGGAGGAAGGUUAAGCAUGGGAUAGGUCACAAAAUUUGGAGGCUUUAGACGGUCGAUGAGCACAUGCCUGACGUAGUAACAAAGACCGAAAAAAAGUGAAGGCGUAAAACGUUAGAAAACAUUGCUGUAAGGCACGCUGGUUUGGCAAGGUAGAUGUUGGUUCAAUAUGUAUUAAUAAGCAGGUUUUCUUGUUUGCUUUCGCCUCUCUUUAUUUAUCCCCAGAAGUGCCAUCAUUGAGAAAUGAGGCCUUCUUUGAUCUCUCUGACUGAUGGUCCUAAUUUUGUUAGAAUGUAAUGUUGUUUAAGGGGAUUUUAAUAGGUUUUAUUCAGGAUCUCGGAUGCAUCAGGUAUUGAUCUGUAUUGCAGGAGUAUCCUUGACCAUAAACUGGUUAUAACGAUUAGAAAUGUUUAUGGAAAGCGUAAAAUACGCCCUGGUCUUGGGCUUAUUUCCGUGCCUGGUUGGUUUUCUUCUUCUUCCAUUUCAAUAGAAAUGGUGAAAUUUUGAAGGCAUGUGCAUACCCUUCUUAGUUAAACAUGUACUUGAAGAUAUGAGUCUUUUCCUUGGGUUUUCUACUGCUCGUUUUUGUCAAUGUCAGGUAUCGUGACUCCGAUUGAUGCUUGAUGACUUCGUGUUCUAUUCUCAUCUGUCGAAAUCGUAAGUCUUUGGAACCCCAGACUUACUUUCUGCUUUACGCAGCCAAAGCCAGAAGACUCAUUACAAAGUUUCUGAUUCUACCAAUCUAG